CGGUAUCGAGCACUAUCCUAUGUUUGGGGUCCUGCUAAGCCGGAACGCGCCAUCCUGUGUAAUGGCGUGUAUAUUAAGGUGACGCUUAACCUCUUCGAUGCAUUAUACGAGCUCCGAAAAAUUAGGCCUGAACAAAACUGGUGGAUUAAUGCCAUCUGCUUAUAA